AUGGAGGAAACCUCAAACUGUGUGGGAUUUCUUCACUACGCUCAGAUUUCACUCAUAACUCAUGAUCCACCUAUAACUUCAUAUAUAUUAUUGAGAUCCGUUCUCUUUCUAAGCGAUGCCUGCGCCACUUCCACUGUUGUUCCUUCAAUUUUCGAGCAGGUUUGUGAUUUUAUUCACUCUGCACUCUACCAUCCCUUACACGGCUACUUCUCCCAAAGAUCGCGCUCCGUUGGAUUUCUUCCUAAUGCUAUUAAGUUCAAUCAACUUCAAGACUUUUGGCUCUUGGAAAAAAUUGAUCCUUAUUGUUCUGGGUGGCUAAAACUUCAUGGUGACCAUUCAUCGAAAAAAAGGAAAGAAAAGGAGAACAACUACGAAACAUCAUCUUUCAUGGAGGAGUUUGGUUUGCCCACAAAAACAAGAACCAAGGACGGAUACAACCCACUCUUGGAUGACUUCAAGAAUACCAAAUUUUAUCUUAGCGUCCCUACACACAAUAUUAAGUAGAUAGUCAUGCUCAAUACAAGUACUUGUGCUCCCAAGGACGGACAUGGGUGUUUUAUUAAUAUUAUACAUGUUACGUGUAUACCAUUAUUUCAUGGUCUAUGAUCAUAAAUGAAUUUCAAAAAUAUAACAAGGUCAUAUAUUGUCGAUGGGAAAUUUUGCCUUGGACAUGUAGCCCUCCUCUCUGAAACCCCAGAAAUGGUUUGAUUUAAUUGUAAGAUAGGCAUUUUACGUAGGUUUUAGAAUAAUACGAGUUGUAAAGAUCUUAAUUUUUGUUGUGUCGUAUUUGUUAGUACCUUGUACUAUACACCGCAAGUUAUCUCUAUCAAAUAAUAAGCU